AUGGUUGCUCUUAGAAGAGCUGUCGCUCUCAAUGCCGUCGCUGUCGCGCGCAUACAAGCACGAGCCUUGACAGCCCGCACCCGAUCUCUCGCUCUCGCCACAUCCCAGUACCGCACCUACAAGACAAGUUCUCGACAACAAUACGCUUUCCACUCCCAACUCGAGAACACUCCUACUCCUUCUGCUUUCCAGUUCCAGCAGGCUUCCGCCGCUGAGAACCCCCAGACCCUCGUCGAAAAGAUCGCUCAGCAGUAUGCUGUUGGACUCGCCCCAGGCAAGAAGAUCAAGGCGGGAGACUACAUUACACUCGCUCCUCACCAUUGCAUGAGCCACGACAAUACAUGGCCUAUCGCAAAGAAGUUCCUCGAGAUUGGCGCCACCAAGGUCCACGACAACAAGCAGCUAGUGUUUACGCUGGACCACGACGUUCAAAACAAAUCUGAAUCGAAUCUGAAGAAGUACUCUCUCAUCAACGAAUUUGCCGAGAAGCAUGGAGUCACACACUACCCCGCCGGUCGGGGUAUCGGUCAUCAGAUUAUGGUCGAAGAAGGAUAUGCCUGGCCAGGAACCGUUUCCGUCGCGAGUGAUAGCCAUAGCAACAUGUAUGGUGGAAUUGGUUGUCUAGGAACCGCAGUCGUUCGCACAGAUGCCGCUUCGAUCUGGGCUACCGGACAAACAUGGUGGCAAGUCCCUCCUGUCGCCAAGGUUACUUUCACUGGUAUUCUCCCUCCCGGUGUUACUGGAAAGGAUGUCAUCAUCGCUCUUUGCGGUCUCUUCCGUGACGAUCAAGUCUUGAACCACGCUGUCGAGUUCGCUGGUGGUGAAAGUCUCCCCAUUGACGACCGCCUGACCAUCAGCAACAUGACCACCGAGUGGGGCGCUCUCGCCGGUGUCUUCCCCGUCGACGAGAUGCUUGUGUCCUGGUACCGCGGCAAGGCCACCACCAACGCCAUGUUUGGUGGCUCUUCCAAGGACCGCAUCAACCACAAGCGCGUCGACGAGCUGGAGCAAAACAGACUGGAGGCUGACCCUGGUGCCAAGUACGCCAAGGAGCUCUACCUGAACCUGUCUACUUUGUCACCCAUUGUCGCUGGUCCCAACUCUGUUAAAAUUGCCACACCUUUGAAGAAGCUUGAGGCUGAGGAUAUUCCCGUCAACAAGGCCUACCUCGUGUCCUGCACCAACUCCCGAGCUUCCGAUAUCGCCGCUGCUGCCCGUGUCUUCCGCGAGGCUGCUAAGGAGAACAAGGAGGCCAAGAUCGCUCCCGGUGUCAAGUUCUACAUUGCUGCGGCUUCAAUUCCUGAACAGGAGAUCGCUGAGGAGGCUGGUGACUGGCAAGUACUACGUGACGCUGGCGCUGAGGUCUUACCAGCGGGCUGCGGGCCUUGCAUCGGACUCGGAACAGGUCUACUUGAGCCUGGUGAGGUUGGAAUUAGCGCCAGUAACCGUAACUUCAAGGGACGUAUGGGUUCCACCUCUGCUAAGGCGUACCUGGCCAGCCCUGAGAUUGUUGCUGCUAGUGCUCUCACGGGUAAGAUCGCUGGCCCUGGAUGGUACCAGAAGCCUGAGGGUGUUGAAAAGGUCAUCAUUGGCGAGGGCAGCGGUGACUAUGUCGCCGACAAGGCUGUGUCUAUUGAGGAUGCUUUGGACAAGCUUAUCAACGAAGCCGACGCUUUGAUCGCUGCUGCUGAGAACUCAGAGGGUGCUGGUGAGAAAGCCGCUGCUCCCGCUGCCGAGGGUGAGGAGUCUUUGACCGAGAUUCUCCCCGGCUUCCCCGAGAAGGUUGAGGGCGAGAUUGUCUUCUGCGACAGUGACAACAUCAACACCGAUGGCAUCUACCCUGGCAAGUACACAUACCAGGACAACGUUUCGGUGGAGAAGAUGGCCGAAGUCUGCAUGGAGAACUACGACACAGAGUUCGGUAAGGUCGCCAAGGCCGGCGACAUCCUCGUCACAGGCUUCAACUUUGGCUGUGGCAGCUCCCGAGAGCAAGCCGCCACCGCUCUUUUGGCCAAGAAGAUCCCUCUCGUUGUUUCUGGCAGCUUUGGCAACAUUUUCAGCCGUAACAGCAUUAACAACGCCCUCAUGGGUGUCGAGGUUCCCCGUCUCGUUGAGCGUCUACGCGAGACAUAUAAGAACGACUCCGAGAAGCCUCUGACUCGUCGCACCGGCUGGAAGCUUCUCUGGGACGUUCGUCGUUCCAAGGUUGUUAUCACUGAGAAGGAUGGUUCUUCAUGGGAGCAGAAGGUUGGCGAGCUGCCCGCCAACGUGCAGGAGAUCAUUGCUCGCGGUGGUCUCGAAAAGUGGGUUAAGUCUCAGAUUGAGGCUUAA